UCAGGCUCGGAGAGGAUGGAGCCGGAGGAGGAGGAGGGGACCCUCUCCCCGGCGCACUCACCGCCGCACACUCCCAGCUAAAAGUGAAGAUGCUCCCGUCCUCACGGGCUCCACCUGUCUUUGUUUCCUUGAGCCGGCAAACUGCGCCCCUGACCGCUGAGACGGAGGAACUUUUCUUGGUGUGCGCGGGAGAGACCUCGGCGAGUCCGACCGUGGACUUGGACUCUGCCUCGGUAUGGACGCGCGGGCGCACGGAGCUAGUCUGUUCCUAACUGGACUCCUGCUGCUGCUCCACGGAGCCCUGCCAGUGGUCUCUAAAGGGUCUGCGGCAGCUGUCCAGCCAGAUGCCCUGACCUCCGCCCAGGGAACGCUGCCUCACUUCAUCCAAGAGCCGGAGGAUGCCUACAUUGUCAAGAGCAAUCCCAUUAAACUCCGAUGUCGAGCUGCGCCCGCUCUGCAAAUCUUCUUCAAAUGCAACGGCGAGUGGGUUCACCAGAGCGAACACUUCUCCCACGAGUACAAAGAUCUCAACACCGGGCUGAAAGUACGGGAGGUGAUGAUCAACGUCACCCGUCAGCAGGUGGAGGACUUCCAUGGGCCGGAGGACUACUGGUGUCUCUGUGUGGCCUGGAGUCAUCUGGGGACCUCCAAGAGUCGGAAAGCUACAGUUCGUAUCGCAUAUCUGAGGAAAAACUUUGAGCAAGACCCCCAAGGAAUGGAAGUUCCGAUCAAUGGCAUGAUCGUCCUGCACUGUCGCCCACCAGAGGGAGUGCCGGCGGCUGAGGUGGAAUGGCAGAAAAAUGAGGAGGCGGUGGGUUUGGGGUCGGACGACAACAUCGACACCAGAGCAGACCACAACCUGAUUGUCAACAAGGCUCGUCUCUCCGACUCGGGCAACUACACCUGCCUGGCCAGCAACAUCGUCGCCAAGAGACGCAGCGCCCCUGCGACCAUCAUAGUCUUCGUGAAUGGUGGUUGGUCUCAGUGGACGGAGUGGUCACCCUGUAACGUGCCCUGCGGCAGAGGCAUCCAGAAGCGAUCGAGAACCUGUACCAAUCCCGCGCCGCUCAACGGAGGGGCCUUCUGCGAGGGGAUGUCCGUACAGAAGAUCACGUGCAAUGCCCUCUGCCCAAUCGAUGGAGGUUGGGACGAGUGGAGUGAGUGGAGCGGGUGCAGCAGCCAGUGUGAGAGACAAAGGAGCCGCGAGUGCAACUCCCCACCACCCCGACAUAAGGGCAAGAUGUGUGAUGGAAGCGGUGAGGCCACGGAGACCUGCACGGAUGGACUCUGCACCCAGAGUCGGGACAGCACCAAUGACCUGGCCUUGUACUCUGGCCUGGGAGCAGGAAUUGUCACCGUUGCGAUCCUGGUUGUGGCGGUCAUGCUUUACCGGAAGAACCACAGCGAGUACGGCGUGGACGUGAUCAAUUCGUCAACGCUCACGGGGGGUUUCCAGUCCCUGAACUUCAAGAACAACCGCCAAGGCAACCCUUUGCUUCUCAACUCCUCCAUGCCUCCAGACCUAACCACCGGAAGGGCAUACAGCGCCCCCCUCUGUAUCCAGGACGGUGCCGACAAAGCCCUCUUUGACCCUCUGCCUGAUAUCAAGCUGCAGAGUUCAUUCAUGGUUUCGCUCAACAUGGCUGAGCAGGCCGAGUUUCACGCCAAACCUCCAUCGAAGACUUUCCCCCAAGACCUUGGACGAGAAUACUGCGGCUCAAUGGAUAACCGCAAAAACGGACUCCUUAAACUGAACGGGCACUUGAACAUUUGUAAAGAGCGGGAGACGGCCACUUGCUUGCUGGACCGUGCUGGAGGAAGGCUGGUGGUGCCAAACACAGGGGUAAGUAUGCUGGUGCCUCAUGGAGCUGUGGCCGAAAAUAAUUCCUGGGAGAUGUACGUGGUGAUCAACCAAGGCGAGACUAGUGUCGGCACACUGGAUGGGUAUGAAAUCCUGCUGGGACCAGAAGUGACGUACGGGCCUCCAGGCUUGGACCUCUACAGCCCUGUGGCCAUUACUAUCGCUCACUGUGCAGAGAUGGACGAUGACAGCUGGAACAUCCAGCUGAGGAGACGAACCCAAGACAGCAAAUGGGAGGAAGUGAUGUCAACAGAGGAGGAGUCUAUGUCCUGCUACUGCCUGAUGGACUCGGCUUGUUGCCACCUGCUGGUGGACCAGCCAGGCUCCUACGCGCUGGUGGGGGAGCCGCUGACUCAGGCGGCCCUCAAGAGGCUGAAACUGGCCGUAUUUGGGAACCUGGACCCCGGAAACAUGACGUACGGUCUGCGAGUGUACUGUGUGGAUGACACGCCACACGCCUUUCAGGGAGUUGUGAUGGCAGAGAAGACCAGAGGAGGUCAGCUGCUCGAGGAGCCAAAGAUGUUGCCUUUCCAAGCUAACACCUUCAACCUCCAGGUGUCCAUCCAGGACGUGCCCCAGUUCCUGUGGAGCAUCAAACCCUUUACCACAUGUCAGGAAUUCUCCUUCGCCCAAGUGUGGAGCAGCAACCAGAGGCCCCUGCACUGUGCCUUCUCUCUGGAGAGAUACAGCCCUGCCACCAACCAGCUCUCCUGCAAAAUCAGCGUUCGACAGGUCAAAGGUCACGAGCAGAUUCUGCAGGUGUACGCAGCUGUGGGCGAGUCUGAAAAGGAGUGCGUUCCGUUCUUCAUGCAGUCGGACUGCACCAUCACGUCCCAGACGGGGUCCAAGGCCUUCAAAAUCCCCGUGUCGAUCCACCAGAGGAUUUGUGAUACCUUUGACACUGCCAACGCCAAGGGCAAGGACUGGCAGCUCCUAGCACAGAAACUCCACAUUGACGGGAACCUGGGCUAUUUUGCCAAGCAGCGGAGUCCAUCAGCUGUCAUUCUCAGUCUGUGGGAGGCCCGACAUCAGGACACUGCCGACCUUGACUCUCUCGCCAGCGCCCUUGAGGAAAUCGGCAAGGUUCACUCAAAACUCUCCCCGCAGAAACACGAGGCGUCGGAGUCCGACUUCAGUCAGCGAGCGAGAAGCCUUGAGAGAACACUGAGCAGUCAGGAGACGGAGGGCGCUGCCCCGGAGUGAAUGUGUGGAACAGACUCUUAAGUGUCAGUGAGGGCUCAUGGACGACACAGCAGGUGAAAGGUCAGCCGUGCCUUCAACGGAUCCGCCCGAAUUCUCUCAGAGGAUGGACUGAAAAUCCUCUUUUUCAAUCUAUUUAUCUCCUUAUUUAUGGGGUUUUGCGUUUCCUCCUCUGCGAUGGGGAUGAAUGUUUUGGAUUCCUCUUCUCAUGUGGUGUGGGAUCAGCCGGCGGUACGGUACGGGGCGCAACCCUCAUCAGACCUGUUAGAUGUGACCCAUCCCCCUCCUCAUCACUGCUUCAGUCACUCUUGGUUCCUGAUGAUAUUAAAUGAAAGCUGCUGAUUUGCUUCAAUGUUGUGAUUGUGCCUUUUAAAAGCCAAGUAACUUCGAAUUGAGAAUACUUCUAUUUUAUUAAAUCCUGAUGAUCGUGUGCUAUUAAAGGUUUAUGUGUGCGAGCAGACAUGUAAUGUAUGAUCUUUAACGUCAGCUGAGGAUUGAACAAAAAC